GACGCCAUGGCGGACAGUGCGGACAGCCUGCAGUUCGUGCCUCAGGUCCUGAACCUGGAGCGGCUCAAGGCGUUGGACGCCUGGCUGAAGAAAACCAACAUCAAGCUGGUUCAGAUCAACGGCCAGAGGAAGUACGGAGGACCGCCGGAGGGCUGGGACGGCCCCCCCCCGGGCGCCCACUGCGAGGUGUUCAUCAGUAACAUCAGCCGGGACGCCUACGAGGACCUGCUGAUCCCGCUCUUCAGCCUGGUGGGGCCGCUCUGGGAGUUCCGCCUCAUGAUGAACUUCAGCGGGCAGAACCGCGGCUUCGCCUACGCCAAGUACGCCACGGCGGAGCUGGCCGCCAGCGCCAUCCGCCUGCUGGACGGCUACGCCGUGGAGCCCGGCUACAGGCUGUCCGUCAGGCGCAGCACGGAGAAGAGGCACCUGUGCAUCCACAACCUGCCGGCCUCCUUCCAGCCCGACGACGUCCUCAGGGCGCUGCGUCUGCUGGCCGACGGCGUGGAGGACGUCACCCUGAAGCCCGAGGACAAGGGGGACACCAGGGCCGCCAUCGUGGCCUUCUCCAGCCACCACGCCGCCUCCAUGGCCAAGAAGGUGAUCGUGGAAACGUUCCAGAAGCGCUGGGCCCUGAGCGUCUCCACCAAGUGGCUGUCGGCGGUCAACGAGGUCCACAAGCCGCCCUGCCAGCAGCGGCCGGCCCCGCCCCCGCCCGGGACCGGCCCUCCGUCCGGGCCCCCGCCGCUCUGCGGAGCCCUGGGAGGCCCCGCCGUCCCGGAGGGCCCGGCGCGGCCCCCCCCGGAGGAGGCGUCCCCCGUGCUGCUGCUGCGCCGGCUGUGCCAGCGCACCGGCUUCGGGGAGCCGCUGUACGACCUCCGCUACAGCCACACCGGGAGCGACGGCUUCCUCUACUUCGCCUACAGCGUGACCAUCGGCGGCGUGUGCGGGGCCUUCAGGGGCCAGGUCACCAUCCUGCCGGGCCCCCCCACCGCCGCGGUGCUGAGGGAGGCCCAGAGGGAGGCGGCGGCGCAGCUGCUGCAGCGGGUGCAGGCCCUGCAGCUGGCCCUGUGAGGCUGCCAUGAUCUCUGCAUGCUUUUAUUGUUGAUGUUCUGGUUUGGGUUGCAGUGUUUCUUAUGCAUGACUUUUAUUGGAGGUUUGUUCUGUU